AGUUGUGAAAACAGCUGCUCCGGUCAAGUCGCUCCGUUCUGUUGCUGCUGUUGUGUUGUUGACACUGAUAACGAUGGAGAACUUGAAACAGUUCCUGGUCGCUCUGUCUGCCGCCGCCGCCGCCGGAAUUGUCUCCAUAAUAUUCGUGCUAAUAUGGGUUCUCAACUAUAAAGAAGGUUUUGCCUGGGAUGGAGGACUGGCUGAAUUCAACUGGCAUCCGGUCCUGAUAGUUAUCGGGUUUAUUUUCUUCCAAGGAAUAGCCAUCAUUGUCUACAGACUCCCCUGGACCUGGCAGUGCAGCAAACUGAUGAUGAAGUUCAUCCAUGCAGGCUUGCACUUACUAGCCUUCAUUCUUGCUGUCAUAGCUAUGGUGGCUGUUUUUGACUUCCACAAUGCUGCCAAAAUCCCCAACAUGUACAGUUUGCACAGCUGGCUGGGCCUGACAGCUCUGAUACUCUUCUGUCUACAGCUUGUUCUUGGAGUUGGCAUAUACUUGAUACCAGUUACACCUGCAUCCUGGAGAGCAGUGUUUAUGCCCCUCCAUGUCUAUGGCGGUCUUUUACUCUUUACCAGUGUAAUAGCUGUGGCACUCAUGGGCAUCACCGAGAAACUCAUUUUUGGCCUGAGCAACCCGAAAUAUAAGGACUCUCCCCCAGAGGCAAUUUUCGUGAAUGUUCUGGGAGUCCUCCUAGUGGUUUUUGGAGCUCUUAUCCUCUGGAUUGCCACUCGAACAUCUUGGAAACGCCCCAGUGACCAGGUCUUGCAUACUCUGCAUACCAUUGGGGAAGGUGAGGACAGCAGCAAAGUCGGUCCAGUCAUGUCUCAACUAUCUGAUGGAACUGAUGCUGCGCCCUUUGGGGAUGUCAGGAGGAGGAGUAGUAACAAAUUAGAUGAUCAGGCUAACUGAUUACAAAUUAACUAACUAGGAGCAGAUACUGUAUCAAGUGUUGAAUGCAUGUACACCCAGUCUAAACUGGUCAGAGAAAGUAAAAAUGAAGAAAUCUAUUUUUGCUGAUCUUUUCCAUACAUAACUGUAUCUCUUGCACCUUAAGUAUUUAAUUUUGUUGGCAUUUUGUUGUUUGCCAUUUAUUGUAAGUGUAUGUAAAUAAUGGUGAGCUACUUCAUAACAAGAUUCAGAUAGACCUUUUGUAUUGUGAUAUCUGGAUUUUUAAAAUAUGUUCACAACCUAUCUACAUUUUACAAUGAAUAUUUGCAACUUCUACCUUGCAUCGUACAGUCCUUGAAUAUUUAUGUGUAGAGAGAAGAUGAAAAAUAUUCAUACAAUAGAACACAGUCAAUAAUAAUAAAAAAAAAGUAAUGAGCACCAAUUUGUGGUUGUUUAUCACA